GCAUCAAAAGGAUGCUACGAGCUUGGUGGCGAAGCUAGGGAGGAGCGGGAAGAGCAACCAAUGGAUUCAGAUUUUGCGCCUCAUUCAACUUGCACGAGAGCCAGACAGCAUUUUUCUGAGUGCUGUGAUCUCUGCCCUUGGACGUGCGCGAAGAUGGGAGGCUGCGCUGGCUGUGUUUGGCCAAUCUGUUCAAACAUCGGCAAAGACAUGGGACGCAACAAUGAGUGUUUGUGAAAGGUCUGAUCAGUGUCAACUGGUCCUACAACUCUUCAACCAAAUGUCUUCCAAGAGCAUAGAAAGAAGCAUUGUGACUUUCACCACAGCCAUCAAGGCAUGCAAGGUGUGGACAACCGCUCUAGAUUAUUUGCAUCAACUAAGAGAAUCUGCUCUACAGCCUGAUGCCUUGCUUUACACAGCUGUUCUCAACACGAUUGCUUCUGGAUCUACUGGGCGGUGGGAGGCUGCAGUUUCAACUCUGGAUGAUAUGGCAAGAAAUACGGUCCGAGCUGACUCGUACAUGUAUGGUGCAAUGAUCAAGUGUUGUGAUACAGGUCAGUGGGCAAUGGCUUUGCACUUUCUUGAGAAGAGCCCUUGGGAUGUCCUUACCUUCAAUUCUGGCCUAAACGUUUGUGCGAAAGCGGGGAAGUGGCAAAUUUGUUUGCACAUCUUGAGUUCAAUGAAAAAGAAAGAUGUUGUGAGCUACAGCAUAUGUAUCUCCAGCUUCGAGAAAAGCUCUCAAUGGCAACAUGCAGUGGGACUUUUGCAAGACAUGCUGCAGUCGAAAGUUGAGCCAAGUGAAGUGAGCUUCAAUGCUGCAAUCAGCGCCUGCAAAAGCCAAACGCACAUUGCUCUUAGUCUCUUUGAGGACAUGGAACUCUUGAAAGUUCAACGAAGUGUAGUGACAUUCAACGCCGCUUUGACUGCAUGUGACAAAGGCAACUGGCAAGAAGCUCUACACCUCAUGGAAAAGCUGUACGGACACGGACAAGAUGGAUUGGACAUGGAUCCUAUUACACUUUCUGGAAUUUUGACUGCUUGCGAAUCGGUUUGGGCUGUGUCCCUGCAUGUGUUGGAUUCCUACCUAGCCAAGGGCAAGGUCCCCCAUGGUUUGCACGCAGGAUCUGUUUUGAAAGCGAUGUCCUCAAGCCGCCAGUGGCAUUCAGCACUGGCACUCCUACAGGAUCUUCGAAGUAUUUGGGAGAUGAAUGAACGAACGAACCAGGUCACUCAGACGUCUCAGACGAAAGUGUCCAAAGCUACAGCGAAUUCAAUGUUGCCUGACUUCAAGAGCUGGCAUGAAUUCUGGCCCUCUGGGCAGCGCUCGAUCAGCUCAAUCAGUUCAAAGGGAGGUUCGACGGAGACGAACUCAACGAAUACAUUGUGUGACGCUCCCAUUCCUAUCAUUUAUCGUGAAGAUGACUUCAUGGCUGUAUCCAAACCUGCGGGAGUAUCAACAGAGCAGACCUUACAGCUAUUGGCAGACCAAUUCUCAACAUGCAUUUUUUCCAUGUCUCGCUUAGACCUGCCAACUUCAGGCAUUUUGCCUAUGGUUGUGGGUCAGGAAGCAACCAUCUCCGCCAGGUGGUUCUUGUCCCAGUUCGCAGGUACCUUGGUGAGUAAGGAGUACAUUUGCCUGUGCAAUGGCAGGUUCGAGCCACUGAGUGGGCAGAUUGAUUUGCCUUUGCGCAUUGAGGCGACAAGUUCCAGCACCAGCAGGGCUGUGGUGGAGAAUACCACUUACAACGCUGACAACGCUUGCAACGUUUACGACGCUUGCACAGACUAUGAGGUCAUAGCAAUUUUGCAAACGGCUAGCGGCUCCAGCGGCAGCACAUCAAGUCCAGGCACCUCGAGUUCCGCGGAUGCCUCUCAGUCAGACGUACUGUCUUUGGUCAGAGCCUGGCCGCAGACAGGUCGGUUGCAUCAGAUCCGAGCACACAUGGCUGCCAAAGGCUUCCCAAUCGUUGGCGACAUGAUCUACGGCGCUGCCACGUGGGCCAUGUGGCCAUGGUGCAAGCGACUCUUUUUGCACUGCUGGCGCUUGCGACUCUUUGGCUUCGAUGGUCCCAUUCAGCUAAAGGCUGAGCUGCCACAGGAAUUGAAAGAUGCUUUGGGCGCUCUGGAGAUUCAAACAAUUCAAACAGAAGAUACAGAAGUACUCGAAGCAAUGGGUGAAACAAUGCAUCAAGCAAUGCGUGACAUCCUAGACCAAAGAGAGUUGGGGACAGGUAAUGAUGGCGAUGACGACACCAGCACUGGGGAAGAGUCCAAGGUGUCAAAGGAGUCCGACGAGAGGAAGGCUUUCCAGGCCCUGAUUCAGUGUCAAGAGAUGUACACGGAGAAGAUCCUGGAGGAAUUAGAUCGUGGUGCCAAGGAAUCGCACUGGGCAUGGUAUAUUUUUCCAACAACACGAGCAGGGAACAACGAUCCUUACAAGACUCACAUCACUGAGGAAAAUGCCCGGGAGCUGUGCAAUCAACCGACGGCCAAAGAUUGGCAGAAGUGCCUGGAGAAAAUCUGCGACCUCUUAGAAGCCUGCAACAAAAGGCCUCCAAGCAACCAGAUAUUGCCGGAAUGUGACCAUGACCGCGUUCGCUAUUUCAUCAAAUUCUGGCAGAACUAUAGCAAAUCACCCAGGUGGUUGCUGGAUGUUUGCCAGCGUCUUCAAGACCUGCAAUUUUAGCAUCCGUCAGCAUCCGUUGUUAACCUGCUUUCCGUGUUUUUGGAAUGAUCCCGGCUUCUGAAAACUGCAGCAUGGUGCAGAAUUAAUCAGAGGGGACAGAGUGCAAGAAAUUGCAGAAAAAGUGAAAAA